UACAGAUGACGUCGCUCGUGACGGAACAGUUCCGGUGCUCGCGCUACUGUCAGUCUUGAACAGCACAAGGGGUCAACGGAGCCGCUGACAACUCCGGUGCAUGAGCGACUUAACACGGCCGUCGAUAUAAAGUGCAAACAGAAGACAGAGUUGAAAUUCAAGGCCCUUGGAUCCUAAAAUCAAAGACAUCAAAAGCUUGUUUCGUUGGGGUAGAAAGGCCUGACACUUCUCUUUUUUUGUGGUGGCACUUGAGGACAUCCAGGACCUCACACUGUCACGUUUGUGAGUGUGGGUGGCGCUUAUUUUAUAGACUGCGAUGCACCGCUUAAGGACUUGUGCGGCACGGCUCCGGCCGAUCACGGCCUCACAGAAUGCUAAAAACUUAUCACAGCAGAGGCCAGUGGCCAAACCAAGGACGUUUCAGCCAUUCAGGUGCUACACGGCGCCGGUGGCCGCAGAGCCGUUUCUGAAUGGAACAAGCUCUAACUAUGUUGAGGAGAUGUACUAUGCAUGGUUGGAGAAUCCCAAAAGUGUGCACAAGUCAUGGGACAUUUUCUUCAGGAAUGCUAAUGCUGGUGCACCACCAGGUGCAGCCUAUCAGAGUCCUCCUCCGAUGGGAAUGGGUCUGGCUGGUCUCGCUCAAGCUCAGUCUCUGGUGGGAGCCCAGCCAAAUGUAGAGAAACUAGUGGAGGACCAUCUGGCGGUCCAAUCUCUCAUCAGAGCUUAUCAGAUACGUGGUCACCAUGUGGCACAGCUGGACCCACUUGGGAUCAUGGAUGCUGAUCUGGAUUCAUGCGUUCCUACUGACAUUAUUACAUCAUCGGAUAAACUUGAACUUACAUUUGUCAAGAAGCGACUAAGUGCUCUAACCAUUGGAGAGACUGAAUUUCACUUGGCUGAAAUUUCUCAAACCUGUAAUUGGGAAAAGGGUUUCUACGGACUGGAUGAGUCUGAUCUGGAUAAAGUUUUCCGCUUGCCCACCACCACCUUUAUCGGGGGCAAUGAGAGUGCUCUUCCCCUGAGAGAGAUCAUCCGCCGACUGGAGAUGGCUUAUUGCCAGCAUAUAGGUGUUGAGUUUAUGUUCAUCAAUGAUCUGGACCAAUGCCAGUGGAUCAGACAGAAGUUUGAGAAGCCUGGAGUUAUGCAGUUCAGCUCUGAAGAAAAGAGGACACUGUUGGCCCGCAUGGUCCGCUCCACCAGGUUUGAGGAGUUCCUCCAGAGGAAGUGGUCAUCUGAAAAGCGCUUUGGUCUGGAGGGCUGUGAGAGUUUGAUCCCUGCACUCAAAACCAUCAUUGACAAAUCCAGUGCGAACGGAGUAGACACGGUCAUCAUGGGCAUGCCUCACAGAGGGCGACUGAACGUGCUCGCCAAUGUCAUCCGUAAGGAACUGGAGCAAAUCUUCUGCCAGUUUGACUCCAAACUGGAGGCUGCUGAUGAGGGAUCAGGAGAUGUCAAGUAUCACUUGGGGAUGUACCACAGGAGGAUAAAUCGUGUGACUGAAAGAAAUAUUACACUUUCGCUGGUGGCCAACCCCUCCCAUCUAGAAGCAGUGAACCCUGUGGUACAGGGCAAAACUAAAGCAGAGCAGUUCUACUGCGGAGACACAGAUGGCAAUCGGGUGAUGUCUAUUUUGCUUCACGGUGACGCUGCUUUUGCAGGUCAGGGCAUUGUUUACGAAACUUUCCAUUUGACCGAUCUGCCUUUCUACACUACACACGGCACCGUACACGUGGUGGUCAACAACCAGAUUGGUUUCACAACAGAUCCCCGUAUGGCACGAUCCUCUCCGUACCCCACCGACGUCGCCCGUGUGGUCAACGCCCCCAUUUUCCACGUCAACGCAGAUGACCCCGAAGCUGUGGUGUACGUAUGCAAUGUUGCUGCAGAGUGGAGAGCAACCUUUCACAAAGACGUAGUGGUCGACUUGGUGUGCUACCGUCGUAAUGGCCACAAUGAGAUGGACGAGCCCAUGUUCACACAGCCGCUGAUGUACAAGCAGAUUAAGAAGCAGAAAGGAGUUUUACAGAAGUAUGCUGAGAAGCUCAUCGCUGAAGGCGUUGUCACGCGACAGGAGUAUGAGGAGGAGGUGGCAAAGUAUGAUAAAAUCUGUGAGGAAGCUCAUGUGCGUUCAAAAGAUGAGAAGAUCCUCCACAUCAAGCAUUGGCUGGACUCCCCCUGGCCUGGUUUUUUUACUCUGGAUGGCCAGCCCAAGAGCAUGAGCUGCCCAUCAACGGGCCUUUCAGAGGAGGACCUUACCAACAUUGGACAAGUGGCAUCAUCGGUACCCGUAGAGGACUUUACUAUUCAUGGAGGUCUGAGCCGUAUUUUGAAAGGUCGUGGUGACAUGAUCAAAAACAGGACGGUGGACUGGGCUCUAGGAGAGUACAUGGCUUUCGGCUCUCUGCUCAAAGAGGGCAUUCAUGUGCGCCUUAGUGGACAAGAUGUGGAGAGGGGAACCUUCAGUCACCGUCACCAUGUUCUCCACGAUCAGAAUGUGGAUAAAAGGACUUGCAUCCCAAUGAACCAUGUUUCACCUAACCAAGCUCCCUAUACAGUCUGCAACAGCUCUCUAUCCGAGUAUGGAGUACUAGGUUUUGAAUUAGGCUUUGCUAUGGCCAGUCCCAAUGCCCUGGUUCUGUGGGAAGCCCAGUUUGGAGACUUUCAUAACACGGCUCAGUGUAUAAUAGACCAGUUCAUCUGUCCAGGACAAGCUAAAUGGGUUCGCCAGAACGGCAUUGUCUUACUCUUGCCACAUGGCAUGGAAGGCAUGGGUCCUGAACAUUCUUCUGCCCGCCCAGAACGCUUCUUACAGAUGUGCAAUGAUGACCCUGACUUUAACCCUAAAAUCACUGAAGACUUUGAUGUGCGUCAGCUGUACGACUGUAACUGGAUUGUUGUGAACUGUUCAACUCCUGCCAACUAUUUCCAUGUGCUGAGGCGACAGAUCCUCCUACCCUUCAGAAAACCUCUUAUUAUUUUUACCCCAAAAUCUCUGCUGCGCCAUCCUGAGGCCAAGUCUAACUUUGACCAGAUGCUACCAGGGACUCAUUUUCAGCGGGUGAUCCCAGAUGACGGAGUUGUGACCCAAAACCCAUCAGAGGUGAAGCGCAUUGUUUUCUGCACAGGAAAGGUCUAUUAUGAGCUAACGCGAGAACGCAAAGCACGCAACAUGGAGAGCUCUGUAGCUAUCACUCGCAUCGAGCAGCUCUCUCCUUUCCCUUUUGACCUGGUGAAGGCUGAGACUGAGAAAUAUCCAAACGCUGACCUGGUCUGGUGUCAAGAAGAGCAUAAAAACCAGGGUUACUACGACUACGUCAAGCCCCGCAUGCGUACCACCAUCGAACGUGCCAAGCCUGUCUGGUAUGCCGGCCGUGAACCAGCUGCUGCUCCUGCCACUGGGAACAAAAAGGCCCAUCUAAUAGAGCUGAAGCGUUUCCUUGACACUGCCUUCAACCUGGAAGCCUUCAAUGAUCACAUCUAAAUCAAAAACCUAUAACACUAUUUUCAUCAACCAAACACACCAGACCAUUUUAUUAUAAGAAUAAAGAGCGCAGAAAACAGUUAUCCUUUGUGUUCAUGAACACAAGUUCUCCAUUCACUCUCCUGCAUGUUUAUGCAAUUUACAGUUAUCAGGCUGUUGUGUUCAUGUCAAGUCUUUCUCACCAUUGUUGCCCAGUUAAACGACACCAAAAAUGAACAACACAAACUUCGAUACAUUUGGUUAUUUACUCGUUUUAAAUCCGUUUGGCUUACUCUCUUGCAAGGAGAUGUGCCCAAGCUUCUUUUUCAUAAAUGAAAAGUAGAAAAUGGCACCUUGAAUAUGGCACAGGUUUUGAUUUUAAAAAACUUUUCCAAUGUUUUUUCAACCAAAGCACAGUUGCAGUUUGGUUCAGAACUUUUUCAAACAGUAUAUUGGUGUGUUUGUUUUAUAAAAAUGAUAACUGGUAACAGGAUUUUCAAGAAUGCCAACUUACCUGUCUGAACAUGGCACUGUGAUAAAGCGCACAUCUUUAUCUCCGCUUCAUAGUAGGGCUUUCAGGCUUUCCACAACUUUAAUCCCCAUUCUCAACAUUUGUAUGGUUUUAAUUUGUAUGUUUGUUUUACUUUUAUGUGGGCAAAAUUUCAGAUAUGGGAAAGUAUUGGCACAUUUACAGGGUCUUAUUAGUGGGAAAUAUUAAGUUUGUGGUUAAAUUGACACUUUAUCUGUAUCUUUGCACUGUGUUCUGGUUCAAACCCGUUCUCAGAGGUGGAUGUUGCAUUUGUAUGAUUGUAUUUAUGUAAAAUGGCUUGAUGAGGACAGUGUGGACAAUUGUCAAUGGCACAUUUACUUGUAUGCGCCUCUGUUCUGGCAGUUUCGUCUCCGAUCCGUUAUCAUUUGUCUCAAGGUUGCAUUGCACACUGGGGUAAUCUUUGAUGUAGCCUGAUGCAGAUGUAUAAAUCCUCAUUAUUCAAAUGUUUCUUGCCAUCUGAUACCUUGUGCCAUAAAGCUCAGUCCAGCUGCAGAAAGACAAUAAGACAGAUGUAUUUGUUUGUGGUCACUCUUUUAAACAGAAUCCGAUCACGUCCUUUUGAUUCUUUUUAAGAGAAAGCAAAUGAUUUUAUUUAUUUUUGUUUGUAGAGGUUGUCCUCAUAACAGGUUAGCUUCAUACAAUAAACUCAUUUUCUUCUCAAA